AACGAGGCGGGCAUGCGUAGACUGCGAUGCGCACCAUCAACAUAUCAUCGUCUCUCAGGCGCGUUCCUCAAACCGAAUGGUAAACAAAACUUACUUGAAGUUCAGAGAUCAGUCAGUGAGGCGACAACCGCGUGGAAGGAAUCUCGGGUUCUUCCUUCGUUGUUGCAGUCAUAAAAAAAUCAAUCUCUACCCGUGUCCUGAUAACAAAUCGAAAGAUCCGAAAUCCUCCCAUCGUCAAGUAACAAUUAAAAAAGCUCUGGGAUUGUGUGCUUUGCAAUUUCUGUUCCCGCCUGUCCUGACUCGGAUAUCACCCGUUGAGGAAAGUGAAAAGUGCAGGAUAAAAUUAAAAGAUUAAUUCGCGCACAUGAGAUUUUUAUCCGGAAUAUCCACAUUCUUGAACACAAUAAAAAAAUAAUGACUGGAGUUAACAAGUGCUCUAAGAGCAUUCGAUGAGCCAUUCAUCAUUUCCCACCUAUCGGAGUGGUUCCAUUAAAACUUGUUUUUGAGAAAUUGACAGUCGAAUGGUAUUAGAUAUCUAUCGUCGAUCAUUCGAAUGUGUUCUGUCAACGGAAUACGAAGACACACCGACGUAGGAAGUCAAACUUUCUACAAAUUUUGCGGUAAAAUUCGAGGAUUGGUGAUUGGUUUAAUCGAUUUUUUGUGACAUUCGAGGGGUGAAAGGAGUGCGUAAAAAUAUUUGAAUGUUCAGGACACCAUUCAUGUCUUUCAAAGCCACCCAGACUGCGUUUAUCUCACAUUCAUCGCUGCAUUGACAGAAUGACGUUCAAUGAGACAACUCUACUUGACGUGGGGACGACAACAAUGAUGAGCCCAAUUCCGCCGAGGAGACAUGUCACUCUUAUCUCUCAGAUGGUUCUCACGCUUGUUUACAUGUGUGGAGUUGUUGGAAACAUUUCUGCUUUGGUGAUUUUAUUUCAUAAGGACAAGCGGCGAAAUCGAAAACACCUGUUUAUGCUUCGAUGUUUGGCUACCAACGAUUUGGUGGCCCUAUUGGGUAUGCUUGUACAGAUGUACGUGACCAUUUACACUGUCGAUACAGUGACGUCCUCGAAAUCGUUUUGUUCAUUACGAAUAGCAUGGAGAUUGUUUGGUCUAUUCAGUGGAUGCGUGGCAAUCGUUAUGGCGGUUGAGAGGUGGCUAGCUUUGACAAGACCUUUCAUAUAUCAAAAGCGGAUCACGUUCCCAGUCAUAGUACGAUGUAUGCUAUUGCUAUGGAUCGGAGCUCUCACCCUCACGACCCUCCCUGUCUUCGGAUUUGGUAUAUAUUAUAAAGAUGGCAAGUGUAUCAGAUACCGAGAAGCGACGGAAUUCAGGGAUGUGGCGUAUGCCUACGUUUGGUUCUCCUUCGGUACGUUCCUCUGCAUCUCAAUAGUCUGGUGCAACUUAGCAGUCUCCCUGGCACUCCGGCGACUCGGAAAGCGCGUGGGAGUCCUGAGGAGAAGCUCAAAAGCAUCCACUAGAAUUAAACCGCUAUUAUCAGCGGAAAAUAUUCCAUCCGCCGAAAUUGGUUUGACUCCCGAGGAACGUGCAUUCGCAAAACUAAUGGCAGUGCUGUCAAUAUCCUUUGUUAUUUGCUGGAUGCCGCAAAUGAUAGGAAUCCCAUUGGCCCAGUUAUCACUCAAGCUACCGCAGACCGCUGUUCUGACGAGGAAAUUGAUUAGAAUAUUCCACAUCGUCGCAGAUAUUCUGUUGUGCAUUCAUUUUACGCUGGACCCGUAUAUCUACGUAUUGCUGCGAAUGCCCAGACCCAGAUUCCAAUUAAUGAAACCACUGUGCAAAUUUUGCUGGCCUCCGAGAAGUCGUGGAAGCUCUUUCACUUGCACAACUGAACACAUGACAAGCACUGACGGCGAUCCGCCCACUCCCAUCACUGAAGUACCAUCCACAGCGGGUGGUGAUUUCCAUAAUCAUCAUAAGUUAAUUGACAUAACAUUAUGAAAGUUUUCACGGCGACAGAUCUUUGGAAGACGCAAAAAAUUCAAUUGCGUAGAAAUAACACCAAUGUAACAGAGAUCAGCCGAAUCGACGAUACGUGGAAGUACAUCAGUGAGUACAUAAUUCUCAAUAUAAUGAAUAUAAAGCUGCAUAAUUGACUAAUUAGGGACGCGAAUAAUCGUGAAAAUAUAAUUUUUGUUCAACCGAUUUUUCGAUUUAUCUGAGAAGGGGAUAUUGUCAAUGGUUUAUUAGAAAAUAUUCGUUUACAUGCGUCUACCGAAUAAGUCGUGAUUGAGACAUUUGAAAUUACUUUAUUCCGAGAGAUAGAAAUUUUCAAUUUAAGUCUCAAUUAAAAUUUCAAUAAACGACUGGGGCCAAGAAUUGCAUAUGAAACUAUUUGAUUUAGUAUAUCAAAAAAACCUUUCUGUGGUAAAAUUAAUUCUCUAGGGAAUAAAGAAUUGUUAUGCUGCGUAAUUACCAGGGAAUUAAUGUAAGAAAUAAAUGAGAAGCAAUAUUUUUAACUGCCAUUACCUGUCAGUCUCGACAAUUGUUACAGAAUAAUGAUUAUUGCAAAGGGAUUCAAAUGUUGUAUCUAGUAACCACGUGCUCUAUGUGUUACAUGUAAUUUUCUAGUCACUAAAAAUGAAAAAAUAUAUAUAGUUUAAAAAAUGUACGAAAACAAUGACUUAUACCUAGCACACAACGAUGGAAAAUAUGUGCAUCUAAUGUAGAAAUGUUGCACUUACUGAUGUAAUUAAAUUACUAAUGACUGUGAACCUAAAAAUAAAAGCCAAAAUUUAAUAAGCCA